GUUCAUCCAAAUCAGCCUAAUAUUUUAUAAAAGAAUCAAAUAACUCGAGUUUAGUUUUUCAGUUUUUCAGCUCUCCUGAAGGUUUCAGCAGGUGACCAGUGUGAGCGGGGUGAAAGUCCACCUUCCUCUGUGAGCACAACUGAGAGAAAGUGAGUGGAGGUGUGGCAUUUUCACCCGUCUACCUGCUUUUACCUCCUGCAGCUCUCACUCACAGACAGCAGCAGCAGCCGCAGGGCCGUCAGAGCCACGUUUCAUCGAGACAUGAGUGGACGAGUCGGAGACCUGAGCCCCAAACAGGCCAAGACCCUCGCUGAGUUUCGGGAGAGGAUUCAAGAUGUCCUCCUCAGCCUGCCGGCUCAGCAUGACCACUACCUCCUCCGCUGGCUCCGAGCUCGUAACUUCAAUCUUCAGAAAUCAGAGAACAUGAUCAGGAAGCAUGUGGAGUUCAGGAAGCAGAUGAAAGUGGACACCAUCAUAACUGACUGGAAGCCUCCAGAGGUGAUUGAGAAGUACGUAUCCGGUGGGAUGUGCGGCUAUGACCGAGAGGGGAGUCCCAUCUGGUACGAUGUGAUCGGCCCUCUGGACCCCAAAGGCUUGCUGCUGUCAGCCACCAAACAGGACUUCCUGAAGACGAAGAUCAGACACAUCGAGAUGCUGCAGCGGGAAUGUCGGAGGCAGACUGAGAAGCUUGGGAAGAACAUAGAGUCCACCACUCUGAUUUAUGACUGCGAAGGACUUGGACUGAAGCACAUUUGGAAACCCGCUAUUGAGACUUAUGGAGAGAUCCUCACCAUGUAUGAAGACAACUACCCUGAGGGGCUAAAGAAGGUGCUUCUCAUUAAAGCUCCUAAAAUGUUUCCGAUGGCCUACAACCUGAUCAAACACUUCCUGUGUGAGGAAACGCGACGGAAAAUUGUGGUUAUAGGAAGUAACUGGCAGGAAGUGCUGCGCAAGCACAUCGACCCGGACCAGCUUCCUGUGGUGUACGGAGGAACCCUGACCGACCCCGACGGAGACCCUCGCUGCAGAACCAUGAUCAACUACGGCGGGAACGUUCCCAAGUCUUACUACGUGCAGGAGUCGCUGAAGGUUCAGUACGACAGUAGCGUCACCAUCAGCCGCGGAUCAAGCUUGCAGCUGGAGUACGACGUUGCUGCCCCCAGCAGCCUCCUCAGGUGGCAGUUUGCCAGCGAUGGAGCAGACAUCGGGUUUGGAGUGUACCGCCGCACCAAGGACAGCAGGAGUCAGAAGGUAGCCGAGAUGACGCAGGUUCUUCCUAGCGAGCGGUACAACGCUCACCUGGUCCCAGAAGACAGCUGCCUCACCUGCUCAGAGCCGGGAGUCUAUGUGCUGUGUUUUGACAACAGCUACAGCGUCCUGCAGUCCAAGAAGGUUAGCUACAAUGUGGAGGUGAUUCCUCCUGCGGAUGAGCAGCUGCAGACUCUAUGCAGCAAAGGGGACGUGAGGCUGCAGUGAGGACACGCAAACAUUACAUCUCACAUGUUGGUCACCUCGCUGCCUCACGACUGCUGGAUUUAACCUCAGCGUCUCUCAGUGCACUGCGUGUUAGUUCUUAAUUGUUUGGAGCCUUAAUUGUAAAGCUGAUUAAUGCGAGGAUGAGAAGCAGUACUGUGAAUGCAGUGCACUGAAACUGACCCAAAAUGAUUCAGAACUGAACCACAGAGGUCAGUUCAAGCAGUCCAGCUGAGAUUCUAUAGUUAUCAAAGUAAACAUUGCUUUAACUAAAGUGUGAUAAAUUCACAUUUUAAUGAAUAAUGAUAAUUUUUUCAGAUAAUAUUUAUUUUUGGAUCAAUUUCCUGCAAGACAUGCUUGAUCAUGAACACAACAUGCAAUCUAUACUGCCACCUACAGGCCAGUUUUGGCUGAUCCAACGUCACCAGUAACAGCUUCCUCACACCACCUGGUUGUGUUUUCUGCACUUUGCUGAACUUUGUUGAGUUCUACUUGUAAAGUUAAUGUGUAUAACAGUAGGACCAGACCUGUCCUCUUCACCAGUGGUGGAGCUAGAAAUUGCCCUUUGCUCACUCAGGAGUGGUGAACCACUGAGCAACAUCGGAGUUCAGAGCACAACAUCUGUAUUUUCCAAAUUCAAUUCAAAAUACUGUAUUGAUUCCAAAGGGAAAUUAGAUUCAUCUAGACAAAAUAAACUUUCUUAAGGUGAAAAAAUACUUCAUAUUUCACUGCUGCCACCAAAUGUUUUGGAGGUGAACUGCAGCUGUGGUGGAAAGCAGAUUACUCUCUGGCUCCCCCCCUUCUCUUCAAACCUUCUACCCACCAUUUCCAGACAGUAAAGGAAUCUGGAAUGUGAGGUAAAGAAAAUGAGGUGUGUGUGAGGGGAAAGUGUUCUCAUCUCUAUGUUUCUUCUGAAGUCAGAGUCUGUGCAGUCAAACGAGGAUUCCCUCAGAUGCUGAAUUACUUUUUUCUUCUUGACUUGUGGCCUAAAGUCACAAAUGUGUACUAACCCCAGUAUUACCUUGGAAACCAGCUCUCUCUCCCUGGUCUUUUACCACAAGGGACUGGAGUUCCUCCACAUGGGAAGGAGUCUGCUGAAGUGGAUUCCACUGGAGGAAUCCUCAGUCCCACAAUCCCAUGCAGUUGAACUAGAUCAGUGUUUCUCAAUUCCGGUCCUCACGCCCCCCUGCCCUGCAUGUUUUAGGUGUUUCCCUUCUGCCACACACCUGGGUUGAAUCUUUGGGUGAUUAACAGGCUUCUGCAGCACUUGAUGGUCAUGCAAUCAUUUGAAUCAGCUGCUCUGGAGUAGAGGUACAUCUAAAACAUGCAGAGCAGGGGGGCCUGAGGACUGGAAUUGAGAAGCGCUGAACUAGAUGAUAACCAAUUCUCUGCAAAUGAAUUUGUAAGAUUUUUUUUGUCACCAUUUGACCUUAAAUCAGACUUAACUCAUCCUGAGUUACAAAUGAUUUUUGUUUGUCAAAAACGACAAAAAUUAGACUUUUCUAAAAACUUUUAUUCAAAUUCAGACCUGUACAUUUCCUCAGUAUUUAGUAGAGGUUUUUUAACUCUUAUGAAGUAGGUGAAAUGUUUUUGGAUAUCCUUCCACAAGAUCAGGGCUUAGUGACGCCUUUUAGUCAUUCUUAAGCCCUUCUGUGCUUAUGAUCAGUGUUUGUUUGAAAUACCCACUUUCAUCCAAGCUAAAAGCUCCUGACUGACGUCAUGAGAUGUUAUGGUACCACCUACAGUACUGUGUACAGUGCACCAGCCUAUAGAGGGAAAUCCUUCCCCAACAUGCUGCUGACACCUCCUUUCUUCACAGUUUCUGUGAUGAAACACUAGAUUUAAUGUACCAAAACAUGUUCUUCUGGAAAGAAUCCAUCUGAUUUCUGAAAAGACUCUUUGAAUUUUUCCCAGCUGUUCAGAUUUGGAUAGAAUUGUCUGAAAAAGUAACUGCAUCUCCUAAAGACUUUUGGGAAUUGUCCCCAUGAUGUCAAGCAAGGAAGCAGUCAGCAUGAAGCCUUAACACAUAUUCACUAAGUAAGAAUAAGUGAUUAUUCAUAUUUUUAAGUAAUGCAAAUAUCUAGUUGUAAUAUUCUUGGUGUGCAAUCUGUUAAUGAAGCCACUUGACUGAUCUUUGUGUGUUGAGCUGUUUUUAAUAGCAGCCAAAAAUAAAAAGCAGGAUGGAGUCACAAUGGAAGUAUUGACUCUGCAAGCUGGAAACUGUUAGGGUAUGUCGUAAACAUGUAAUAAUUUAUUUUAAUUUAUGAACGCUUCAAUACAUCAAGAUUAACAAUGUUGAAAUAAAAACCUAUCGUGUUUAAAUA